AUGAGGACAAGGGUGGGUGCGGUUCCAUUCACGGUCGUAUCGCAUUUGCUGGCAAUUGCAGCGGCGUUUAUGGUGUUGGUAUGGUGCAUCCAUUUCAGAGGUGGUCUUGCUUUCGAAUCCACCAAUAAGUCUCUCAUCUUCAAUAUUCAUCCGGUGCUAAUGUUAAUUGGAUUCAUAAUUCUAGGUGGUGAAGCCAUAAUCAGUUACAAAGCUAUUCCCUUGUCGAAGGAAGUGAAGAAGGUGAUCCAUCUCACUUUGCACUUCAUUGCCCUCAUCCUUGGCAUUGUCGGGAUCUAUGCCGCAUUCAAAUUUCACAAUGAGAGCUCCAUUGCCAAUCUCUACAGUUUGCAUUCCUGGUUAGGGAUUGGAGUUAUCUGUCUUUAUGGUAUUCAGUGGAUAUUUGGGUUCCUAAUGUUCUUUUACCCUAGUGGGGUAGCCGCAAUUAGAGUUCAAUCUCUUCCAUGGCAUGUUCUCUUCGGGUUGUUCGUGUAUAUAUUGGCCCUUGCCACUGCAAUACUAGGCUUUAUGGAGAAGCUCACCUUCCUCGAGACCGGAGGCCUUGCCAAGUAUGGAACUGAAGCUUUCCUCGUCAACUUCACUGCCAUCAUUACUAUUUUGUUUGGAGGCUUCAUUGUGUUAACUGCUGUUUCUCCAGCUCCUGUAGAGGACGACUUUAGCUAUUCACGUAUCUAAUCUAAAUCUGAUCAUUAUGAUUUUGUAUGUUCAUCUAUGAUUCAUGUACUAGUUAUCAAUGUUGAUUGUUGGGAUACCUUAAGAUGUU